GCUGGCUGCUAAGGGCUGCUCCUCACUUCUGCAGAGGGAAGGACAGAGACUGACAUGGAGCAGGGGAAGGGUCUGGCCGGCCUCAUCCUAGCUAUCAUUCUUCUUCAAGGUACUGUGGCCCAGUCAAAAAAAGAAAACAAUCUGGUAAAGGUGGAUGAAACUCAAGAAGAUGAUUCAGUACUUCUGACGUGCAACUUGGAGGAAAAGAAUAUCAAAUGGUUUAAAGAUGGAAAAAUAAUAAACUCUCUAAAUGAAAGUAAAAAUGUAUGGAAUCUAGGAAGUAGUACCAAGGACCCUCAAGGGAUAUAUUGGUGUCAAGGAUUAAAGGACACUUCAAAACCACUCCAAGUGUAUUACAGAAUGUGUCAGAACUGCAUUGAGCUCAAUGCAACCACCGUAUCCGGCUUUAUCUUUGCUGAAAUCAUCAGCAUUUUCUUCCUCGCUGUUGGAGUCUACUUCAUUGCUGGACAAGAGGGAGCUCGCCAGUCAAGAGCUUCAGACAAGCAGACUCUGUUGCCCAAUGACCAGCUCUAUCAGCCCCUCAAGGAUCGGGAAGAUGACCAGUACAGCCACCUUCAAGGAAACCAACUGAGGAAGAAAUGAGCUCAGGACUCAGAGGAGGUGCUCUCCUUCUAUUCAGUUUUCAGAAUCAAAGCAAUACAUUUUGGAGAGAUCCUAGCAGAGAGAUUUUCAGCCCUAAACUCAAGGUUCCCAGGGGUGACAAAUGGGUAAGAAAGGCCAUCAGAGCAAAUUUGGGUUUUUCUCAAAUAAAA